AUGUCCGAACAAGCAGCGAGCAAUGACACCAAACAACACACGGACCCUUCCCAGCCGCGAAUACAGCUUCCCCCGCUCCCUCCACCACCAGCACCCAUCCAGCCCCCGCCAACAACUCAAUUCCAGUAUCCAACUGCCAUCCUCAACGACCUCAUUGGCCUCUCCGUCAACCCUCUGGUACCGCCCCCGCAGAACACGUCGCCCCUUCUGCUACCGAACCCAGCGCUCGCCAUGAACGCUGUCGGUGAUGCCGCACUCUCCCAGCAGCAACAUCUCCACCAAAUGCAGCAGCAACAACGCGGAACAGAAUCACGGCCACUGAACGUCACAGAUGCACUUAGUUACCUCGAUGCCGUCAAGAGCCAGUUCAAUGAGAAGCCGGAGGUGUACAAUCAAUUUUUGGAUAUAAUGAAGGACUUUAAGAGCCAAAACAUCGACACACCAGGCGUCAUCCAACGCGUUUCCAGGCUAUUCCACGGCAACCCGACGCUCAUUCAAGGCUUCAACACAUUCCUCCCAGUCGGCUACCGGAUAGACAUUUCAGCAGAUCCGUCAGACAACACAAUUACGGUUACAACCCCCAAUGGUACGACUACGCAAAGCACCGGAUCCAACACCAUCAUUAGUCGAACGUCGUUGCCACUGUCAGGACCAGGCUUGGGAGGCUCGAUGCCCUAUCCACCAGGACCAGUCAUUUCUGGUCCUGGUGGAGUCCCAGCCGGCCCCGGUUCACGUUCCAUGACUCCCCACGGUUACCCUCCUGGCGUUGGCCCUGGUGGCCCCGCCCACGGUCUUCACCACAUCGCUCCCGGUGUACCACCCUUUGUCGAUCCAGGCAUCUACUCCCCCGGUCUCCAACAGCAAACCUCCCACACAGCUGCAGCAUCCUUCCUGGGAAACCUCAACAACAAGGCUCCGAGCAGCAGCAAUGCCGGUAUGCUUCAGGAGAGCAAGACAGCGGGCGACUUCAACCUUGCCAUCCAGUAUCUCAAUAAGAUCAAGGCCCGCUACGCCGACGACCCCAACACAUAUAAGCAAUUCUUGGAUAUAUUGCAAACAUAUCAGAAAGAGCAAAGGCAUUUGCACGACUCUCAAGUUUAUGUCCAAGUGCAAAUGCUAUUCAAAGAUGCCCCCGAUCUCAUAGCGGAAUUCAAGGCGUUCUUACCCGAGGCGAUGGGCGGUGGUGGCCUGUUGGAUCAGGGCGGGAUGAUGAUGGGGCACCCUGGUGCAGCGCAGAUGGACGGUUGGGGUCAACGAGAACAAGACCCGCGACAUCCCAGCCCACCGCCCGGGAAAAAGCAAUCGACGACAAGCAAGCGGAAAAAACGUCCGUUGGAAAAAGAGCCAACGCCGGUGCCAGUGAUACCAGCGAAGACGACCUCGUCCAGGCAGGCGAAGAAGGUGAAGCAUACCCACAACCCAGACACAGGCUCGCCGUCGUUUUCACCGUAUCCCGCCCCCCGCUCACCUCCCAUGGUACACCCACAAACCACGGUCUACCUCACAGCCUCAAUCCCGCACCCGCAGCCCCCCUCUCAUGUCGCGCAUCCUACAAAUAGCACCUCAGCAGACAAGCUUCUAUUCUUUGACCGCGCGAAGAAAUCUUUAGAAAGUCGCGAAGUCUACGAAGAAUUUUUGAAGCUUCUCAGCCUCUUCUCCAAAGACAUAAUUGACGCGAAGACUUUGAUUGAACGGGCGAAGGUGUUUUUGGGAGACGAGAAUCUCAUGGCGGAGUUCAAGGAUCUGAUAGGGUGGGACGAGAGAAUGGAAGAUCUGAUUGAACAUGGGCCACCAGGAAGCAUACGAACGGCAGCGCCUGAAGUGCCCCAGCCGGUGGAUGACGGAGAGGGCCCGAGUUAUCGAAGGCUUCCCGAAUCCGAAACACGUUUGGCUUGUUCCGGAAGAGACGAGCUGUGCAGAUCCGUACUCAACGACGAAUGGGUGUCGCAUCCUACAUGGGCGUCGGAAGAGUCUGGCUUCGUCGCCCAUAAGAAGAACCAAUUCGAGGAUGCCCUUCAUAAGAGCGAGGAAGAACGACACGAAUAUCACGUACAUAUUGAGGCGUUGACGCGGACGAUCGCUGUCCUAGAACCGCUGUGCGCACGUAUCGAGGAGAUGCCACCCGAAGAACGCUCAGCCUUCAAGCUCAAGGCAGAUUUCGGCGGGACGAGUAAAACCAUUUACCACCGCACCAUCAAGCGUAUCUACGGCCGAGACAACGGGCUCGAAAUCAUUCAAGCUUUGCAAGACUGUCCAAGCGUUGCUGUCCCUGUCGUGCUAGCGAGGUUGAAGCAGAGGGACGAGGAAUGGAAGCGGGCUCAGCGUGACUGGAGUAGGACAUGGCGAGAGGUUGACUCGAAGAACUUUUACAAGUCUCUGGAUCACCAAGGCAUCUCCUUCAAGCCCAUCGACAAGAAGAAUAUCACCGCCAAACACUUCUGUACCGAAAUUGACACCGUCAAGAAGCAGCAGAUCGCCGCCUUGGAUCCCCCCACCCCUUACCCUCAAACCAACAAAGGGCGCCUAUUCAAGGCUGGCACCAUUGGCCACCAACUGGAAUACACCUUUAACGACACAUCCGUCCUACUGGAUUCCCUCAAGCUGAUCUACUCUUUCUUGGAUCGUUCCCAAGUGGGGUACAGCGCUCAGGAGAGGAAGGCUGUGGACAAAUUCCUUCGCGCAUUCAUCCCCUGUCUCUUCAACUACCCUGACCUAGAAAUUGGAUCUGCAUAUGGGGCUUCGGAGGGCAGCAGCAACGCCGCGCAAUCUAAUCAACCCAACGGAGUUAACACAGACGAAGAGGCCGCUGCCGUUCACGAAAUAAUGAUGCUGAAUGGGGGCAACCAGGGCUCAGAGGGUCCGCGGAGUGGAAGAAGGUCGUCAGGAGGAACUCCGCACUCUGCUCAUUCGAGCGGUGUCCCCGCUAGCGACUUGAGGAAGAAGCUCCUCAAGACAGCUCAGGAGAAGGCGUCUGGCUCAAAGAAUGAUGCUAACGCUACUGUGGCUACCGGUGGCACCAACAGCAGAAGUGCCGACUCUGUUAUGGGUUCUAGGUCUGCCACACCCCUUCCUGACAGUCGAUUUGCCCAGUUGGAUGACGAGGGUCGGGUUAUCCCUGACGUUUGGAUUCGUGAGGCCGAUCUCAGUGACUCGGGGUUGCCUGAGCAGUCAGAGCUAGAUCGCCCCUUCUUUGCAAAUACCACCUUUUACACUCUGUUGCGCUUGCUGCAGUUACUAUAUUCGCGUCUCUUGAUGUGCAAGGAGAUUGGAGCUGAAUUGGCUGCUGAGAAGCAUUCAUCUCUCCUGGCUAAUCAAAUCGCGGUGGACUUGGGGCUGGUUGAUCCUCACGGUCCGCCUGUGAUUCUUCAGCAGACUAUCGAAGCCAUGGGAGAGCGUGGCACGGUCGAGGGAGCCAACGCGACAUAUGCCUAUCUUCUCAACGCCUGCGAGAGGCUGUUUGAUAACGAGAUGGAUCAGCCGACCUUCGAAGAGCACUUGCGGUGGUUCUUCGGAACCAAGGCAUACCUUCUGUUCACAAUCGACAAGGUGAUAGCCGCCCUCAUCAAGCAAGUGCAGACUAUCCUCUCCGACCACAAAUCUCAGGAGCUCUGGACCCUCCUCCAGACGGCCCAAUCCUCUGAGAAGAUGACGGCACAGGGCAUCAUCAGGUACAGGCGGAACGCUGAGAAACAUAUCGGCACGGUACACGACGACCAUCUAUUCCGAAUUCAAUGGGUUCGGGAAAAGAAAUGCAUCCGAAUCUCCCUGUUGAGCCAGGAAGAUGUGACUAUCCCAACUGAUGGGCGCCCUAUUACUCGAUGGCGAGAAUACCUCAAUACGUAUGUGAUGAGCUAUCCGACAGAGUGGGUGCCUUCCACGAAGCGUAAUAACGGACCAAUAUUUUUGCGGAGAACCUUGCAGAACGAAGAAAGCACCGCCUCGACGCUGACAAGGGACGACCAAACGAAAAUCCGUAUAGGCUUGCCCUCUUAUAAGCUGGUGUAUGAGAGUGGAUGCGAGGACUUUAUCUCGAGAAGGUGGAAUGCCGAGGAAGGUGCGAUGCUGCGGGAGAGGGCUCGCGCAUCCAGUGAGGAUAGAAAGAGAAGUCGAUUCCUUUUGCCAUAA